ACACCCCCCACGCCUCCCCCCCCCCUCUCUCUCUCUCUCUCUAUCUCUGAUCUCCUAGAGAAAUGGCUACUGCUACUGUUAAUGUGGUUUCUGCUGUUUUGCUUAUCUCGUUUUUGACGCUCGUUGACGCCAGAAUCCCUGGCGUUUACACCGGAGGGCCAUGGCAGAGUGCCCAUGCUACUUUCUACGGCGGGAGCGACGCUUCUGGAACUAUGGGAGGAGCUUGUGGAUACGGGAACCUGUACAGCCAGGGCUACGGCGUGAACACGGCCGCGUUGAGCACUGCCCUCUUCAACGCCGGCCUGAGCUGUGGCGCAUGCUUCGAGAUUAAAUGCGCCAACGACCCUCAGUGGUGUCAUUCCGGCAGCCCCUCCAUCUUCAUCACGGCAACUAACUUCUGCCCGCCUAACUACGCUCUCCCCAACGACAACGGCGGCUGGUGCAACCCUCCUCGCCCUCACUUCGACUUGGCCAUGCCCAUGUUCCUUAAGAUCGCCGAGUACAGAGCUGGAAUUGUUCCCGUUGCCUAUCGCAGGGUACCAUGCCGAAAGCAAGGAGGGAUCAGAUUCACGAUCAACGGGUUCCGUUACUUCAACUUAGUUCUGAUCACAAACGUGGCGGGAGCAGGUGACAUUGUGAAGGUGAGCGUGAAAGGAUCGCAGACCGGGUGGAUGAGCAUGAGCCGUAACUGGGGCCAGAACUGGCAAUCAAACGCAGUCUUGGUGGGUCAGUCCCUGUCGUUCCGUAUCACCGGCAGCGAUCGCCGCACCUCCACUUCCUGGAACGUCGUUCCCUCCAAUUGGCAGUUUGGCCAGACCUUCACCGGAAAGAAUUUCAGAGUCUAGUUUCCUUUUUUUUUUGGCUUUUUUCAAAUUUCCCGCCUCGGGAAUUUUAAUUUCUUUGGCGCCGUUUUAGAAGCUGCUCUUUUCUCUUUUCUUUUUUUUUUUGUGCAUUUUUAUUGGAAAGUGAAAGCAAAAGAGUGAAGGGGUUGAGUGAAGUGGGAGAAGUCUGUGUAUGUGUGAGUGUGAGAAUCUCUUUUUGACUGUGAGCUAGGACGGAUUGUUAGUUUACUUUUACCAGGGCUGAGGUGGUUGCAAAAAUAUGUAGCCCGCAGCCUCCAUAGGUUAUAUGUGUUAUAAGCUCUUAGGUGUUAACCAUAUAAAUAUAUGUUUCCAUAGACUUUGUUAUAUUAAUAUUAAGGUAUGAAUGAAUGAAUUAA